GUUCAGUUGUUUACUUCAAAUAUUGGAACAGUUGUGAAGGAUAGUGCCUGAAAGUAGAAGUAGAGUGCGGUGCUGUUGAUCCACUUUUACAAAAGGAAAGGUUUCUACUUCGUUUCGCGUUUUAGUUUCAGCUUAAGGCACGUCUGAUUUUCCACUGUUGUGGACGUUUAUAUUUAGCUUGUAGAUGUUGAUGCUUAAGGCAACGAUUUUAGUAUUACUGACUAGCUACAGCACGUCUUUCUGCUCAACAAGUGUCGUACGUGUUUUCCAGUGAUGAUAUCUGAAGCCUGGAUAUAAGUCUCAAUUCUUUGCACCUGUUUCUGACGUCACUGAGACUCUAUAUUUUAAUUAAUCUCAAUCUGUGUGAUUAAAAGGGAUGUCAUAGGUGGUUUUCUAUCAACCAAAAUGCCUGUCUUUCUACUUAUGUGACAUCAGCCACAAUCUUAUAAGGCCAAUGAUACAUAAGCAGUACAAAUUAUUACAGCCAUGGGUCUCCUGUUAUCGAAGUUAUGGAGUCUAUUUGGGAAUGAAGAGCAUAAAAUCGUGAUAGUAGGCCUUGACAAUGCUGGUAAGACUACAAUACUCUAUCAGUUCCUGAUGAAUGAGGUGGUUACCACCUCUCCUACAAUUGGCUCCAAUGUUGAAGAAGUUGUGUGGAAAAAUAUUCACUUUAUUAUGUGGGACUUGGGAGGUCAGCAAUCACUGAGAGCUGCUUGGGCCACAUAUUAUACAAAUACGGAAUUUGUUAUUCUUGUGAUAGACUCUACUGACAGGGAAAGAUUGUCUGUAACUAGAGAAGAACUGUAUCGGAUGUUAGGUCACGAAGAUCUUUCUAAAGCGGGGGUUCUGGUGUAUGCAAAUAAACAGGAUGUUAAGGGCGCUAUGUCAGCUGCUGAGAUAAGCAGACAACUUGACCUUACUAGUAUUAAAAAACACCAGUGGCAUAUACAGGCUUGUUGUGCAUUAUCUGGAGAAGGUUUAUACCAAGGGCUGGAAUGGAUUUGCUCUCGACUGAAGAGAAAAUGAUUAUGGCUCAAUGAAUAUACUCUUGUGUAAAUAGACUGUCAUUUUCUUUCAUCUUGUAUAUAUGUUUCCUUCGACGAGUUUAUAUAAAGCUAUGAAAUCACCAUGUAUUUAUAUGUAUUAAAGUAAAUAAAGUAUAUUGUUUUUUUGUUUAUUUUAUAUUAA